UCGAAAGCUUCACACGGCCGUGCGGAAAACCCCCCUCCUUUCCUUUUGCUGCAUUUUCCGCGGAUAAAGAAAAGCCCGCUCCGUAAAUCUUCGUGCCGGCUUACAGUUAAAUGUAAAUGAUAUACAUUUUUAAAACGCAGGUGCUUGCAUUUUUCCUUAUUUUUUUAAAAGUGUGUUAACUUUGAAUAUCGAACGGAGCGGAGCGGCCGAAAGUGCUGAAAGUGCGCUCGUGCACCUGUCUCACCUGAGCGCGCUUCAAGCCACAAAAGUGUAAAGUGCAGCGGUGCGACUUUAUUUUUUGUUGUUUUUGCUAUUUCGAGAUUCGCGGAGAUUCUGCAAGAAUUUUGCCAGCCUGUGUCGGUGUAUGUGUUGUGGGUGUGUGUGUGUGUGUUAUUGUUGUUAUUGUUGCCGCGCUCUAAUUGCCAAGUUUCGUGUGGAGAAUUCUUCUGGCUCUUCUGUUGGUUUCUUCUUGAGACGCCCGCACCGCAAAUGAGCCCUUUUUGAAAAAUCUCACAAAAUGAUGACGAUGACAGCGGCUUCGGCCUCGAUAUCCACCUCUGCCUCCACGGACUGCAGCAGCAGCAUGCAGGGAUCCACGACCAGUUCGGCGUCCAGUGACGUCAUGACCCUGACCACAACAGCCGCCUCCUCAUGGUGCGCCAUCCCGGCUAGCUCUCGGCUACGUGUACUCCGCCUGGUGAGGCCACACCAGAGGCGACUGCUUGUCGGUGGACCCGAGCGGGACAGCACUUAUGGAUUCGCAGUGCGUGGUGGGCGAGAGCAUGGCACCGGAUUCUUUGUCUCCCACGUGGAGCAUGGCGGCGAGGCGCAGCUCAAGGGACUAAGGAUUGGCGACCAGAUCUUGCGGAUCAAUGGCUUUCGCCUGGACGAUGCCGUGCACAAGGAGUUCAUCCAGCUGGUGGCCAGCCAGGAUCGGGUCACGCUGAAGGUGCGAGGAGUAGGCAUGCUGCCUGUCAGGGACCAACCGGAGGAGCGUUUGUCCUGGAGCGUGGUGAAGCUGCCCAGCGUAAGUGGCACCCCCUCGGAGAGCUCUUUCAAAAGCGGCGGCGGAGGUGUCGAGCGUGGACGUGGCGCCAGCCGGGACAUCAGUGUCGUUUUGCAUGUGGCACCCAGGACAAAAUUGGGCCUGGGCAUCUGCAAGGGUCCCGAGUGGAAGCCCGGAAUCUUUGUGCAGUUCACCAAGGAGCGGAGUGUGGCUCGCGAGGCGGGUUUGCGCCCGGGUGACCAGAUCCUCAGCGUCAACAGCAUUGACUUUUCGGAUGUGCUUUUCAGCGAGGCGGUGGCCGUGAUGAAGAGCAGCAGCAAGCUGGACAUGGUGGUGCGCACGGCGGCCGGCUGUGACCUCUUUCCGGGCGAAUCCAGUGGCUAUAACAGCUCGGCCAGCUCGGUGACGGGUGACCAGAGUCCCUGCUGGGCGGAUGCCAAGUCCAAGCGAUUGACAGCUGUAAGGGAGGAGUCAGCAGCAGGAGCAGGAGCAACUACGGCAGGAGGAGCAGGAGCGGGUGCCACCUGGUCGCAGGGCGUCGAGGUCCAUAAGCAAAUGAACAAGACAAUCAUCAAGCUAACGGAGACAGGCACCUCCAUCAACAACACUUAUAUAGCCAGCUCUAGUUCCAGUCCUGUUUCGGGAUCCUCAUCAAGUGGAAUCUCCAGUCGCAGCCAGCAGCAGCAGCAGCAGCAUCACCAGGUGGCAACUGCCGAGCGCACGCAAUCCCGGAGCACCACCAUGAAGCGCAGCCACCUGCGGCCAGUCAAUGCUUCGGGAUCGAUUGUACGAUCUGUGUCCACUUUGGGAUCAGGAUCAGGAUCGGGAUCGGGAGGAGCAGCAGCAGCAGCAGCAGCAGCAGGAGGAGGAGCACCUGUUCCACCACCGCCAGCCAUGAACGAUGGCUGCAACGGUGGUGCCGCCGGCAACGGCAGCAGUCUUUCCAGUGCCAUAACCGAGGAGCUCAAGAAGCGCAAAGAGAAGCAGCAGCAACAACAGCAACAGCAGCAGCAACAGCAACAGCGCAACAAUCGCGAUCGCGAUAGAGAUCGAGAUCGAGAUGGCAAUGGAAAUGGAAUUGGAUGUGGUACUGGUGAUCGGCAGCUGGCGGGGCACAAUGGAAGCCACCGCAGCUCCUCCGUUGGCCAAGUGUCGCAUCGCCAGCGGGCGAAUGUUGCUGGCGUGGCUGUCACAUUGCAGGGCAGCGAACGCAUCAGCAACAGCAGUGUCGGAGGAGGAGCAGCAGCAGGUGGACCCAAUAGUGCUGGCGGGGAUCAUCACACAGCACUGAUGGAUGAAUUCAAACGGGCGCACCAGCGUAUGUUUAGGAACGGGUUCCAUGAGAGCGAUCACAAGUCGAUAGAUGGAUGGGCGUCCAGUCUUGGCAAUAGCUCGCUGUGGAUCGCAUCGCAAAUUACGGCCGGAAUAGAAAUGAGUUUGCUGAGAGUGAAAAACAGAGAGGGGGCGGUGGCCAAUGAUGGGUCAGGUGUAAUGCCCACCAUGCGUCCCGUAAGCAUGGGUCGACCUCUGGUCACCAUGUCCACAUAUCAGGAGCGCGGCGAGACGCUGAAACGCACCUCGAUUAUGCCCGAUGAUAGCUGCUAUCGCAACAGUAUCAAUGCCAAUGGUUUUACCAAUGGCAACAGUAGAAGCCACAGCAACAGCAGCAACAGCAGCAACAUCAAUGGGAAUCGCCUGCAGCCAGCAGCACAGAACAGCGGCAGCCAGGGAACGCCGGAACUAGCGCCGCAAUUACCGCCUCCGCCACCACAGUUUGCCAAUUCCCAGCCAAAGCAAAUGCCACCUCCAUCUCAGCUCAAGCUAAACACCGGAAACGGUUUGAGCAACGGAAACGGAAAUGGUUUCAAGGCCAAACAGCCACUGUCGCCCAUGCGCAGUGCCAGCAUCAGUGUGGGCGGCUUCCGGCCGCCAAUCACUCCCCAGCCCGACUACGAUGCUGUUCAGCUGCGCAAGGCAUCCUCGCCAGAAUCAGGCGGAGCUCCAACUCAACAGCAGCAACAGCAGCGGCGAACCCUGCGUUUGGGUACCGUGACCAUUGGGGAGUAUGGCGGCGACCAAACCAGAACGAAUAAGCGUGAAACCCUGCGAAAAAUCAAUGGAGAGACUGGCAGCUCCUCGAAUGGCAUUCUCAAGAAUGGCACUAACAGGAGCAGUGCCAGCUUCAACCACGGCUCCUCCAUGCAUGCGGAAAAGUCCAUCAAGUUUGGCAACUGAUGGGGGGCAUCUUUCCCCCCCAGGAAAUAAUUAUUUUUGUGCAAUAAGUUCGAGGAGAAGCAGGAAUUUGAAGGAGAGUACAAAAUCGGACGUGCAGCGGCAUAUAUUCUACCAUAAUCACAUCUUUAUACCAUAUAUAUACUUUUUUUUUUGCUAUCUUUAAUUCAUGUACUUAUUAUACAUAUAUUAUAUAUUUUUUUUACGAUUUUCUGGAAACCCUGUAUCACUAGUUGCUAUUUUAUUUCACUAAACACUGUAAAUAAACCGCCCGUGUCCCUGGAGUUUCCAAUAAAACAGAAAAACCGAAA